AUGACCAAGAAGAGAAGCUGGAGAAAUGAGGAAACUGUGUUGUUGACUGAAGAGUGCAGUGCCAUCAUUCAACAUAAAUUGCCUCAGAAAUUGAAGGAUCCAGGCAGUUUCCAAAUUCCUUGCAUCAUAGGAGAAGUCAUGGUGGAGAAGGCCUUGUGUGACUUAGGGGCCAGUAUCAAUUUGAUGUCUCUAACAAUGAUGAAAAGAAUGAAGAUUGAGGAAGCCAAACCAACAAGAAUGGCCCUCCAAUUGGCAGAUCGAACCUUUAAAUUCCCUCAUGGGAUAGUUGAGGAUUUGUUGGUGAAAGUGGGAGAUUUUAUAUUUCCUGCUGAUUUUGUGGUGUUAGAUAUGGAGGAAGAAGCCAGAGCUUCAAUCAUUCUGGGAAGACCCUUCCUGGCAAUGAGCUAUCCAUCAGAAUCACUAAAGGAAUGCAUGAGAGUGGAUGUAGUGGACAUUGCAGUACACGAAACCUUUGAGGAAACAACAAAGGAAGUGGCAGAGGAGGAGUUCACCAAGGAUAUAGAAGUUAGUGACAUCAAGGCUGCCGAAGCAACCAUGCCAAGCAUGCCAGAAAGAAUGAAAGAAGAGAAGGAAGCACCAAAACCUGAGCUCAAAGCAUUGCCCCCUAAUCUCAAGUAUGCAUACUUGGGUAGUGAUGGGAGCCAUCCUGUUAUCAUUAGCUCUGCCCUGAGCCAAGAACAGGAAGAAGAAUUGAUCAAGAUAGUAGUUGAUCCAAGAGAUCAAGAGAAAACAUCAUUUGUUUGUCCAUAUGGAGUUUUUGCGUAUAGACGCAUGCCCUUUGGACUGUGCAAUGCACCUGGCACCUUCCAAAGGUGCAUGCUGUCCAUCUUCUCGGACAUGAUCGAAAAGUUUAUUGAAGUUUUCAUGGAUGAUUUUUCUGUGUUUGGAAAUUCCUUUCCUAGCUGUCUACACCACCUUGCCUUGGUGCUUAAGAGAUGCCAAGAGACCAACCUAGUAUUAAACUGGGAAAAGUGUCAUUUCAUGGUCACAGAAGGAAUAGUUCUUGGCCAUAAAGUUUUUUUGGGACACGCUGGGUUUUACAGAAGGUUUAUUAGAGACUUUUCUAAAAUAGCCAAACCUUUAAGUAACUUGCUUGUCUCUGAUACACCUUUUGUAUUUGAUAAAAAUUGCAUGCUAGCCUAUGAACUUUUGAAGCAAAAACUUUCCUCUGCACCUAUCAUUGCCCCACCUGAUUGGAACUUACCUUUUGAAUUGAUGUGUGAUGCAUCAGACCUUGCUAUUGGGGCAGUGUUAGGACAAAGGAAAGACAAUUUGGUACAUGUGAUCUAUUAUGCCAGUAAGGUCUUGAAUGAUAACCAAAGGAAUUACACAACCACUGAAAAAGAACUUCUGGCAAUAGUCUUUGCAUUUGACAAAUUUAGAUCCUAUCUCAUUGGAUCUAAAGUCAUUGUUUUCACUGAUCAUUCAGCUUUAAAAUACUUACUUGCUAAACAAGAAUCCAAACCAAGACUUAUUAGAUGGGUUCUUUUGUUGCAGGAAUUUGACAUUGAAAUCAAAGACAAGAAGGGUGUAGAGAACAAGGUGGCAGACCAUUUAUCAAGGAUACCAUGUGAGGAAGGAAGCACACCAAGCACACAUAUAAAUGAGUGCUUUCCUGAUGAACAACUCAUGAUAAUUCACAAAGCACCCUGGUUUGCAGACAUAGCAAACUUCAAAGCCACUGGGAGUUUGCCGUUGGAGUUUAACAAGCAUCAAAGGAAGAAAUUGAUAAUUGAAUUGUUUGAUGUAUGGGGGAUAGAUUUCAUGGGACCCUUCCCCACCUCAUACUCAAAUAAUUACAUUCUAGUGGCUGUAGAUUAUGUCUCCAAAUGGGUUGAAGCGAUAGCAACUCCAACCAAUGAUAAUAAAGUAGUCAUAAACUUCCUCAGAAAACACAUUUUUUGCCGUUUUGGGGUUCCAAGAGCAAUCAUCAGUGAUGGAGGAAGCCACUUCUGCAACAAACCAUUAGAGGCAUUGCUUCUAAAAUAUGGAGUCAAACAUAAGGUAGCCACACCAUACCAUCCACAGACAAGUGGGCAAGCCGAAAUAUCUAAUAGGGAACUCAAAAGGGACUGGUCGAUUAAACUAGAUGAUGCUCUUUGGGCAUAUAGGACAGCUUUUAAAACACCAAUUGGAAUGUCUCCUUACCAACUAGUAUAUGGAAAGGCUUACCAUUUGCCACUGGAGUUGGAGCACAAGGCAUUCUGGGCCUUGAAACUCUUAAACUUGGACAGCAAAGCUGCUGGAGAAAGAAGGAUGUUGCAAAUUCAAGAGUUGGAAGAAUUCAGAGCUGAAGCUUAUGAGAAUGCCAAAAUUUACAAAGAAAGAGCAAAGAAGAAGCAUGACAGCAACAUAGCCCCAAGGAAAUUUGAAGAGGGACAAAAAGUAUUGCUCUACAAUUCUAGGCUGAAGCUAUUUCCAGGGAAGCUAAAAUCAAGGUGGUCUGGACCAUUCCUUGUCACCAAAGUCUCCCAAUAUGGACAAGUAGAAAUCAUGGAAGAAAAGUCACAAAGAACCUUCACUGUGAAUGGUCAAAGACUCAAACAUUACUUGGGAGAUGUAGAGGAGAAAGACAAGGUUAAAUAUCACCUCAACUGA